AUGACGUUUGCGGAGCUUCUGGACCGGAUUGGGGGCAUGGGGCGCUUCCAGAUCAUCCACGUGGCCUUGCUGGUGAUCCCCAUCAUACUGAUGGCCAGCCACAACCUCCUCCAGAACUUCUCGGCGGCCAUCCCUGAGCAUCACUGCCGGAUCCGGUUGGUCAACAACGGCACCGACUGGCACGCAAACAGGACUCAGGCCGUGGGAGUGGAAGAGGACCUCCUGUGGGUCUCCAUCCCCAAAGAUGCCAGUGGGAAGCCGGAUAAAUGCCGCCGGUUCGUCACCCCGCAUUGGCACCUUCUCAACUCCAGCGCCGGCAGGAGCAACGAGACUGAGAUGGAGACUGAGCCAUGCCACGACGGAUGGGUCUACGAUAGGAGCGUUUUCACAAACACCAUCAUCAUGGAGUGGGACCUGGUGUGUCACCUGAGGACCAGAAGACAAAUGGCGCAGUCGAUUUACAUGGGAGGCGUUCUGAUGGGAGCUCUUGUGUUCGGCACCUUAGCCGACAGGUUUGGGCGCAAAGCAGUGCUAAGCUGGUCCUACUUGCAGAUGGCUGUUUCAGGUCUAUGCACAGCUUUCUCACCAAGUCUCACUGCUUACUGCGUCUUCCGUUUCUUGGUCGGCAUGGCGCUUUCCGGGAUUGUCCUGAACUGCAUGUCCUUAGUCCUCGAAUGGGUACCAACCAAAGUUCGCACCGUGGCUGGCACGAUAGUGAGCUAUAGCGCAACCAUCGGUCAAAUCAUCCUACCCGGUCUUGCCUAUGCCCUCCCAGACUGGCGCUGGCUGCAGUUUGUCAUUUCGAUGCCCUACUUUGCCUUUUUCAUAUACUCCUGGUGGUUUGCGGAAUCGGCCCGCUGGCUGGUCCUUUCAGGGAAGCUGGAGCAGGCAGUCAAAGUGCUGAAGAAGGUGGCCCAGUUCAACGGGAAGAAGGAAGAAGGAGAGAAACUCACUACGCAGGUUUUGAAGUCCAGCAUGCAGAAAGAACUGGCCCUGGCGCAAACCUCGUACACGCUUGUCAGCUUGGUGCGCACACCGACCGUGCGACGGAUCUCCUUUUGCAUUUCCAGCGUCUGGUUUGCUACCAGUUUCGCCUACUAUGGUCUUUCCAUGGAUCUCCAGAACUUUGGCUUCAGCAUCUACUUGAUUCAGGUGGCUUUUGGCUCCAUUGACAUUCCAGCCAAACUGGCUGCUGCCGUUGGCAUGAGCUACAUUGGCCGGAGGACCACUCAAGCCUCUUCGGUCAUCUUGGCCGGCCUGGCCAUCUUGGCCAAUAUAUUCGUUCCCCAAGAUCUGAAGACGCUGAGGACAUCUUUGGCGGUGCUUGGCAAAGGCUGCCUGGCCUCAUCCUUCAACUGCCUUUACCUCUACACAGGGGAGCUCUACCCGACUGUGAUCAGACAGACCGGGAUGGGGAUGGGCAGUACCCUGGCUCGCGUGGGGGGCAUAGUGGCGCCAAUGGUCAAAAUGACCGGGGAAUACUUCCCGUACCUUCCGCCGCUCAUAUACGGGACGGCCCCGAUCCUGUCUGGCAUCGCUGCCAUCUUCUUGCCGGAAACGCUCAACGUCCCGCUUCCAGAUACCAUUGAAGAAGUUGAGAGCGGAAGGCCGCCGCAGCAAUGCCUCCCUUCCAAAGGCCAAGAACAGGUUUUGCUACAGAAGAUGAACUCAGGCGUUCCCCAGGAAGAUGGACUUUGCUAAGAUGGCAGAAUGAGAAGCGGAGCAUCCGCUGCUGGGAAAACAUGGCCUCCUGACUUGCCUGGCACUUUCUGUCCCGGUGGGAUCUGCGGUGCUGCGCUGGGAUACAAAUGGACUAAAUAAACACCUUUCCAA